AUGCCUUCACAAAUGCCUUCAAGCUUUGCAGCAGCUGCAGGACAAGGAUCUAAUCGUGAUCCUAAAAUCGGGGGGAGAAUUGACAGUCGCGUGAGCGGGGACUGGACUAAAAAAGAAAGUAGGCCGAGCACCAAUGGAACCUUGACAUUGCGACGCUCUUAUACGAACUCCUCAAACCAGCCCUCUGAAACUGGAGAUCUUCAGACUCAACCUCCAGCGGAGACAACGAUAGCCCAACAAAUAACUCAUGAUAACCCAAACGAGUAUCGUUACACAAAGCAAAAUUUACUAGAUAUCUAUAGACGUCAACAAGAGUCUGGGCCAGCAAAUGGAGGAAACGUAUCACAUCUAUACGCCGAUGGCUGGGCUCCUGGUGAAAACAAUGGAUCAAGCAAUCGGAGUGCCUGGGGAAAGGCUAGCGAUGUAAGAGACUGCCAUGUCCCUGAUCUAUGUUGGGACUCCAGUGGAGACACUCAUCCUGUUGGACUGGAAGAGAUGUCAGAACAAGAAAAGGCUCUCUUCAAUGGCGACAUUAACUCCUCGCUGAAGCCUUUAAUACAAACUUCAAAGGAUCCAACAUCUGCAGGACACAAGCCAACAUUCUCUCACGGCCAAGGACCUGGCAACUUUAGUCACUCAUCAUCCACUUCUAAUAGGGCUAGUACUCGAAGGCAGCUCAUAACAGAAUCCGCAGUUACCGGAAUAUCCUCUCCUAAUGGUUCGUCCCGUUUCUCUCGUGAAGACAACCCUCAUUAUCAUGGACGCAGGAUUGACCACAAAGAUAAUUUCGAAGAACGAUCUGAAGAGACUAGGCUCAACAUACCUCUUAAUGGACCGUCUCGCAACAAUUCUUCAGCUAAUAUGUUAGGACCCGGAUCAUCAACAUGGAGCUCAUCGAUAAAUACGACUUCAUCGCCGAUGGGUGCAUUCGGCAACUUUGCUAUAUCUAACCCAGCUAGCUCCCCAGUACCAGCCGAUAAGAGAAGUACGUCGACUAGGGUAGAGAGCCGAUUUUUCCAAACAACUUCUAAGGAAAAUAUAGAAGAACCAAUAAAGCCGGCUGAAAGAUCCUGGAGGCCUCGACAAAGAACUGAUACCGAUCCAUUCGCUGGUGAUAUACAAAGUGGGAACCAAGGGCCAACUGGUGAUAAUAGCGCGCAGGCUCACCAAAAAACACAUGGCCUCGAUACACCUGCUCGAGGAAGCUCUGGAGACUUUGGUAUGUCAGGAAUACUUGGCUUCGGCGAUACUUUUCACCGUGAGCUCAAUCAAAACACACCAAAAGCUGCCAACGAGCAAACUGAGCCAUUAAGUCCCUCUGACACAAACCCAUUUUGUAGCCCUCCAGGUCCUCCAGUCGAAAUUCAUCAUAGUAACGACAAGUAUAACAUGGAAGAUCAGACACAAAUUGGGAUAUCAGAAAACGGACAGGGAAAUUUCGUAAAUAUGCCCCGUGGCUUCUCAGGUGCUGCCCUUGAGGGGAGUGAUCGGAGCCAGACCUCAAGUGUGGCAGGAUCUCGGAUACUCCCUCAACUAAGUGGACUACCUUCGCUUGGUACAAUAGGGGGCAUGAGUGGGUGGCCUGGCGUGAACUCUUCGAAUAUUUCUGAUCGUGAGAAUCGAUCUAACUUCCCAUCGGCUUUCGGAAAUUCUCUAUUUGGAUCAAUAGGAGAAAUAGACUCUGGAGUGGGUCUCUCAAAUAUGUUUAGCUCAGCUGGAACUGGCAGCAACCCUUCUCCUGCCGGUCGUGGUAGCAAACUUGGAACUCUUUUUCCUGCCGCUAUGCAAGCACAAAUGCAAAAUACAGAGAUUGACAACUCUACAGAUCAUGAAGUCCGGCAUGUUAACUCCCUUGGCGUCAUUGCAAGGAAUGCUUUCCCACUUCCAAGAGAUAAUGAGAACUCAAUACGAUCUAAUAAGCAUGUAUUUGAAAACCUUCUCUCUCAAUCUGAAAAUACUCGCUCUACCUCUGCCAAUCUAACACCCGAAGGCUCGCACAUUCAAUCCCUAUCAUCUUUCAGUAAUUCUGCUCUUCCCACCUACCAACAGUCCCAGGCCUCAUCAGAUUCCACAACAAACCAACAGCUACCAAAUUCCCAGCAACGAAUGAUGGUAAUGCCAGAUAGGAUGCGAUGGGUAUAUCUUGAUCCCCAAGCUCAAGUCCAAGGACCAUUCUCGGGUCUCGAAAUGCAUGAUUGGUACAAAGCCUCAUUCUUUACACCUGAUCUAUCCGUUAAGAAACUAGAAGAUGCAGAUUUUGAGCCGCUUGGUCAAUUGAUAAGGCGAAUCGGUAAUUCUAGAGAACCAUUCCUUGUACCACAAAUUGGUAUACCUCACGGCCAGCCAUCUACACAGCCAGGGGCCGCAUUUACACCACCAGCAUCAGGCCAUGGAACCGGCCCAAGUCAAACGGGCUCUGUCCAGCCUCCUUUUGCCAGCUCAUUUCCUAGCUUUGGAACAACCUUGACUGCCGAACAACAAAACAACUUGGAAAGACGUAAGCAGGAAGAGCAAUAUUUAAUGGCCCGCCAAAGAGAAUUUUUAGUACAGCAGCAGGUUAGUAUGAAACAAAUGCAAAUGGGCGGUAUCCCUUCUGCUCUUCAUCAUCAUUCUAGUGUCCACAAUCUUCAAAGUCAGUCUAACUUCGGAAAUAUUUCGUCGCCGAUUGGAAUGCCACCCCAACCUCCUUUAUCUUCAGGUCCUGGUUUUUUUGAUGGCAUAUCCAGGCCAAUUAAUUCUAACAUUGUACCGGGAGAGUUUUAUCGUGAUGAAGAUCUUUUGAGACUAAGUACAAGAGAUAGACAUGCUUUAAGUAAUGCACCACCCACAGUUGGACCAUCUCAAUCAGCCCACGUCACAACAAUGUUUGGACAGUCUGAAGCUCAGAAUAAAACCCCAAUGAUUGAAGAUAUUGACUUUUCAGCAAGAAUAAGCGAGUUUGAGAAAUUUAAAGAACUGCGCGAAAAAGAAGAAUCUGCACAAAUUCAAUCUACUCUUCCAAUCAGUAAUGAUCCAGACAGUAAUACGCAGAUUUUACAGUCAAAAAAACCAUACAAUGAACCAUCAUUACUAUAUCCGGAAGUAAAUUCUGAAUUCCAAACUUCAGAAUCUGUUUCUAUAACACAAAAAUCUCAGACUACUGCAUCCAUGAAAAAAUCACCGACCUUAACAAUACAACCUAACUCCCCUUGGGUCAAUUUUAACGUUAAUUCGUCAGUACCAUUCCAGCAGCCUAUUAAAAACACAUCACCUACGGCCUCUUCUCAAAAAUGUGACUCUAAUCAAACAGAAAAGCAGACCUCGGAAUCAACCUCUCCAUCAAGAACCCCGGAAGCCACGAUCUCAACCCCAUCAAUUGCCCCAUGGGCAAAAGAGCCGGGAGAGAUUCCGAAAGCGUUUUCGUUGCGUGCUAUUUCUGAAGCGGAGGAAAAAAAAGCGGCUGAGGCUGAGGAGCUUGCCAAUGCCGCUCGUCGUGCAAGUUGCGAGCAGGAGCUAAAAUUAAUUGCAGCACAACAGCUUACUGCACCAACUCCCGGGCUGCCCACAACUUCUACAUGGGGAAGCGUGACAGCUGGGAAUGCGACGCCUACCAAGUCUGUCUGGGCAAAACCUGCAGCUGCUAAUUCUCAAGCCUCAGCUAACAAGCAAAAGACUCUAGCUGAUAUACAAAGGGAGGAAGAGUUGCGUAAACAAAAAUUGGCAGCAGCUUCUGCCGUACAGUCUCCUAUUAGUACUCAUGGUGGUAAGCGUUACGCUGAGCUUGCUAGCAAGACCACACCAAGCUCAAAUCCUACUGGAGGUCCUGCAUGGUUUACUGUUGGUGCUGGUGGAAAAGUCAAAGUUCCAGUUGGCCCAUCCUCAUCUACAGCAUCAUCAGCUGUACGCACAGCCAGUUCUCAAAGCCAGGCACUACCGGUCCGUCUCAAUACAAAGCCCGCUACGCCCACUCGAAACUCCACAACUCCUGGAUACAACAAUGCCAAUAACGUCAAUGUUGCUCGAGAAGAACUAGCCAAGUGGACGAAGGCUACUUUAGAGAAAGGUCUGAACCCAGGAAUUAAUGUUAAUGAUUUUGCGGUUAUGCUUAGCAGCUUUCCCUCUGAACCCUCAAUUAUUGCAGAUAGUAUCUACUCUCAGUCACAAACAAUGAACGGCAAUGAUUUUGCGGUCGAAUUUAUUAGAAGACGUAAUAAUGCUGAAAAGGGAAUAAUUGAGCCGUCAAACAGCGGGCCUGGGACUGCGUUCAACUCAAGUGAUAAGUCAGGCGGCUGGAGUGAAGUGGCAAAGAAGGGACCACCAAAGGAAGAGCCGACGUCCGGCUUUAAACUUGUUCCUAAUAAAAAAAAGGGCAAGAAGUGA